UCUAGUGGGAUCUAAAGAGGAUUCCAAGCUCGGAUUUGUCGUUAACGCAGUGACCGCCAUGGCUGUUGCCUUACAAGACAUGCACCAGGACCUGUGUCCUGACAGCGAAGGACUGUGUCCAGCCAUGGAUCCAAACGUGAGCUUUAAAAGCCACAGCGGCGAGGAGAUCCAUUUCGAUCAGGCUGGAGAUCCUUCGGCAAAGUACAACAUUCUCAACUACCAACCGAAAGUCAAAGCUGAUGGCAAUACCACCUACGAUUACGUUACUAUAGGCACCUGGGAAACGGGAGUUCUAAAGCUGGAUAUAAACAACAUCUACUGGCCUCAAGGGGGUCCAGCCAGCAAAGGGGAAUUGAAAGGGAUUGUGAAGUCUGUUUGUGCGGAACCGUGCAACUGGGAUCAAGUACAGGUGAAGGUGAACUCUGUGCUGUGUUGCUGGAUAUGUACUGACUGCGCCGAAAACGCCAUAGUGGACAAUAACACGUUAUGUAAAGAAUGUCAGCUGGGCACCUGGCCAAACGCCAACAAGACAGAUUGCCAGGAGAUCCCCGUGGAUUCCAUCCACUGGAGCGACACUCAAGCCGUUGUCAGUAUUACUGUGGGGAGCCUGGCCGUGGUUAAAGCCUCGACCAGGGAGCUCAGUUACAUAAUCCUGGUGGGAAUUUGCCUGGCCUUCAGCUCAAACUUCAUCCUCGUGUCGAAGCCAGCGAAGGAAGUUUGCUAUCUGACCAGAAUCCUACCUGGCUUAAGUUUUUCCUUGAUGUACGGUGCCCUGGUUACGCGGACAAAUAGAAUCGCCAGAAUUCUGGAAGGCAGCAAAAGAAUUAUGACCAAGAAACCCAAGUUUAUGAGUGCUACUGCACAGGUGGUUAUAUCCUUAAUCAUCAUCGGCUUGGAAGGUGCAGUCAUUACCGGCAUGCUUCUGUACCAACCUGCAGAUUCCAGACUUGACUACUCUACACCAAGGAAAGUCAGGCUCAUCUGUGACACAUCGACACUAGGCAUCGUAGUUCCCCUGGGCUUUGAUCUAGUGUUGAUCAUUCUGUGUACGAUCUACGCCGUUAAGACCAGAAAUCUGCCAGAGAAUUUCAACGAAGCCAAGUUUAUCGGAUUUGCCAUGUAUGCCACUUGUGUGAUUUGGCUGGGAUUUUUCCCUAUUUACUUCGCAGGCGAGAACAAGGAGAUAACAUUUAGCAUGUCAAUGUCCCUCAGCGCAGCCGUUGCUUUGGUCUUGUUGUUUAUACCUAAGGUGUAUGUGAUAGUGUGGGUUCCGGAGAAGAACACACGAGGCGCCUUCACGACAUCCAAAGAUGUUCGUUGCCAUAUUGGUGUGGUGCCUAUGACUUCUGGCCACAGCUUUGAUAUCAAGCUGGUUAUGCAGCAUACUACACAAUCAAUGGACCCGACUCCAUACAUGAAUCAUGGAGUGCUUUCAAACCACUCAGACAGCAGAAGCACUUCUUUUCUAAACAGAAAAACGAAAGCUAACUGCAGAACAGAUUCACUUAGUGGUACUACCACAGUCAGCUGCUGCCCAGAAGCGGAAAAUCUCCUUGCAGAAGAGCCUGCAUCUUUAUCUGAUGCGGAGGUGAUUCGGCAAAACCUGGCCGGAGACUUUCCACUGAAAAGGCGCCCAGUAACCCUUCGACCUGGGUCUCCAGCAGAGAAAGAGAAGCAUAGAAUCAGCAACGCAGAUCGUGUUGGGGAUUUUGAUGAGCUCCUAGAAAUGAAAAUGUUACAUGUUCCUGGAAGGUUUGGCAGGCUUGCAGAUGUCAGGAAAUCCCUGUCUUCUACAUGCGUGUCAGGCUGCCCAAGUGUUGUUAGUGUCCAGUGCCAGACCACUGAUGACCUAAUUGGAGGUGUCCUCCCUCCACUACGAAGAAGAUGUGUGGUUACAAAUAAAAGCAAGUUGAAACGAUCAACCGUCACUGAGGAUGUAACCGAUCCAAAGACCUACUUUAGAAACGAUGCCAAAAUUCACAGUCAUGGACACAAACGGGACAUUGCCACCUCUGAAGUUUAUGAAUCAUCCAGUGAUUGUGUUCAUAGUUCUGAGAUAUCAAAACCUGCUUCUCAUUCAUGUCAAAUUGAUGACAACAAGGAUACAUUUCGCCUUUUACAAACUGCCCGUGAAGAACCAACACACUUGGACACAUUCUUUGAAAAUCACUUUCACCAGCAUAACAGUAAGCAAAAUACGUAUGAGCCCUACUGCCAAAAUGACAUCGAUAGUUAUGCUGGUAAAAACUCUCCCUACGUAUCCCCACUUGUGUUGACUGCAAAUAUACAACGAAUAAAUGAGCCGAUAGAGUGUUCAGCCUCCAACUUCAUAGACAAACAAAACCCUUGUGAUAAUUAUACCAGUCAAAAACACAAUAUUCAGUGCGAGACCCUUUCAAGACAUCUCCCUUUGACUAGUUUGGAGAAUAAUGCAUUGCCCUUAGAUGAAGAUGCAAGUGAACCUAUCCAACGUCCUCAUAGCAAAAUGUCAUCGGCAUCAAUAACCCACCAGAAUAGCUGUUCUUCAUCAACUGUCAGUAUGGUCGCCUCUUCUUCAUUCACAAUCCCUGCCUUCCUUAGCAGCACAGACAGUGAUGCAAGUCAACGAACAUUCAACGAUUCUUUACAAAGUUUAGACCUUCAACAGAAUAACCAUGGUUCUCAGCAAAAACUUCACAGUUAUCAAGAAGGGAAAGAAUUCACAGAUUUACACACAAACGGAAACUCAGAGCUUCAUGGCAAUAAAAUUAUAGAUUCUACUAGUAAAACAUCAAAUCUUUCAUUUGAAGAUUCAGACAAUGUAGCAGACGAUGUACUAGAUUUCCAUAAGUAUUUACAGGGACACGGGGUACAACUAGAACUAUCCACAGUUCAAUCUAGUGACCUCUGA